AUGUCGUCACGACACAGUGCCCCGCCCCCAGAGACCGAGUCAUCCUCCCCUUUCCACCAUUUUGGGUGUGCCAGUGAGGUGCAAACUCUGUUUAACACCCUCAGACAGACUGCUGACUGCUCUCAUGGGGAGAAACAGACAUUAGAAGUGACUCUGCUGCUUCUGGUACGGAUUUCCCCACCCCACCCUUUGAUAAUUAUUUUUUUGAAGAUUCUUCGUUGUCAAGCCGCCAAAGUGGAGAGUGUGAUUGCAGAAGGGGGUGCUUCUCGUUUCAGUGCUUCUUCGGGCGGAGGAGGAGGUAGGGGUGCAUCCCAGCACUAUCCCAAGACUGUCGGCAACAGCGAGUACCUGGGGAAAACCCCAGGGACCAGCGUUCAGAGAUGGGUUCCUUCAAGAAGCACUAGACGAGAUGUCAACUCCUCCAAUGAGAAAGAACAUCAUGAUGCAAUAUUUAGGAAAGUGAGAGGCAUACUCAAUAAACUGACCCCUGAAAAGUUUGACAAGCUAUGCCUUGAGCUUCUCAAUGUGGGCGUAGACUCUAAACUAGUCCUCAAAGGUGUCAUCUUGCUGAUCGUAGACAAAGCCCUAGAAGAGCCUAAAUACAGCUCACUCUAUGCUCAGCUAUGUUUGCGUUUGGCAGAAGAUGCACCAAACUUUGACGGCCCAACACCUGAAAUCCAGUCAUCACAAAAGCAGAGCACAACUUUCAGAAGACUUCUAAUCACCAAGCUUCAAGAUGAAUUUGAAAAUCGCGCCAAAAAUGUUGACAUCUAUGACAAACAAGACAACCCUCUUACCUCGGAGGAAGAGGAGCAGCGUGCCAUCGCCAAGAUUAAGAUGCUUGGCAAUAUCAAAUUCAUUGGAGAACUUGGCAAACUCGACCUCAUUCAUGAGUCUAUCCUUCAUAAGUGCAUCAAAACACUUUUGGAGAAAAAGAAGAGGGUCCAGCUCAAGGACAUGGGAGAGGAUCUGGAGUGUCUCUGUCAGAUAAUGAGGACUGUGGGGCCUAGACUCGACCAUGAAAAAGCUAAGUCUUUAAUGGAUCAGUACUUUGGCCGUAUGCAAUCCUUAAUGAACAACAAGGAUUUGCCUGCAAGGAUUCGUUUCCUACUGCAGGACACAGUGGAGCUGAGAGAGAACAAUUGGGUUCCUCGUAAAGCUUUUAUCGACAACGGACCAAAGACGAUUAACCAGAUUCGUCAAGAUGCAGUGAAGGAUUUGGGGGUUUUCAUUCCACCCAUGAACCAAGGAAUGAAAAUGGACUUCUUCCUAGAAGGCCCUUUCAUGCCGAACAGGAUAAAACUGGACAGAGAAUCUCUUGGGGGAUUGGCCGAUAUGUUUGGUCAAAUGCCCGGCAGUGGCAUAGGGACUGGUCCAGGUGUGAUCCAGGACAGAUUUUCACCCACUUUAGGACGUCAUCGUACAAACCCACUUUAUAAUGGCCACAGUGGCCACAUGGCCGCUCAGCAACAGUCACAGUUUGACUUGGGUCUGAAGCCUUUUAUCAAGUCUAACCAGGGUCAGAAUCAGCAUUUUCACAAUCAAAACCAGAACCAUUCAAACCAGCAGCAAGUUCAGUCAAAGGACAUGCCGCCACGCUUCAAGAAGGGGCAACUCAGUGCAGAUGAGAUCAGCCUCAGACCAGCUCAGUCAUUCCUUCUAAAUAAAAACCAAGUGCCGAAACUUCAGCCCCAGAUUCCCACCAUGAUUCCUCCUAGUGCUCAACCUCCACGCACACAGACUCCACCACUCGGACAGCCUCCUCAGCUUGGUUUGAAAACUAAUCCUCCUCUGAUCCAGGAGAAACCUCAGAAGACAAUUAAGAAACCAGCACCUACCAAGGAGGAACUGCUGAAAAUGACGGAGACCAUGGUGACCGAGUAUCUUAACAGUAAGAACAUGGGGGAUGCAGUUAGUGCCGUGAGGGAGAUGAAAGCUCCUAAACAUUUUCUGCCUGAGAUGUUAAGUAAGAUCAUCUUGUGUUCUCUGGAGCGGAGCGAUGAGGAUCGGGAACAGGCCAGCACUUUAAUUCAUACACUGCGAAUCGAGGGCUUCAUCACAGGAGAGAACUUCAUGCAGGCUCUUCUGAAUGUAUUGGAUCAGUGCCCUAAGAUCGAGCUAGACAUUCCUCUGGUGAAGUCUUACCUGGCCCAGUUUGCCGCACGGGCCGUCAUCGCCGAGCUGGUCAGUGUGGCCGAAUUGGCUCAUCCACUGGAGAACGGAAACCACUUUCCUUUGUUCCUGCUCUGUUUGCAGCAGGCUUCCAAGCUGAAGGACCGCGAGUGGCUCACAGAUCUCUUCCAGCAGAGCAAGGUCAACAUGCAGAAGAUGCUUCCUGAAAUUGACCAGAAUAAAGAUCGUAUGCUGGAGAUUCUGGAAGGAAAGGGUCUCAGUUUCCUUUUCCCUUUGUUAAAACUGGAGAAGGAACUGCUGAAGCAGAUUAUCGCAGACCCUUCACCUCAGUCCAUCUAUAAGUGGAUCAAAGACAAUAUCUCUCCCAAACUUCACACCGACAAUGGCUUCAUCAACAUUCUUAUGACCAGCUUUUUGCAGUACAUCAUGGCUGAGCUCGGUCUGUCCGAAGGAGACGAGCAACUGUCUGCUCCUUCCAAAGAGCAGCUUGACCAGGAGAAGCAACUGCUACUAGCCUUUAAGCCAGUCAUGCAGAAGUUUCUCCAUGAUCACACUGACCUUCAGGUCAGUGCCCUGUACGCCUUGCAGGUGCACUGCAAUACCAACGCUUUCCCAAAAGGUAUGUUGCUUCGCUACUUUGUCAACUUCUACGACAUGGAGAUUGUUGAGGAGGAAGGUUUCCUUGCAUGGAAAGAAGACAUUUCCCAAGAUUUCCCUGGAAAAGGAAAAGCCUUAUUCCAGGUGAACCAAUGGCUGACCUGGCUGGAGACAGCUGAGGAAGAGGAAUCGGAGGAGGAAGCCGACUGAUCCUCCCAGUGCACAUUUGUGUCCUGUUACAUAACAUGCUGUCUUCUCUUUGGUUCCUCUACUCUUUGCUGUAACUCACACUUUCACCUACAUAAUACACUGCUGCUAGGCUCACAAAUAACAGCAAGACUAAUGCCAUCUUGAUCAUGUUUCCGUGUUUGCUUGCAUCAUAGGCAAUGUCAGGUGUGUUACGUUUUGAGUUCCAGAUGAUAAACAACCACUAUGCUUAAUCAAUAUAUACAUAUUUUUCUCUGUUGUUGCUUUUUUUAGACAUGGAGGAAAAUGGUUUAGCCAUUGCAUGUGUAACCUGGUUUAAUUUGUGUUGUGCUGAACAAAGACAGGACUUUUUGGUGUCACGGAAGUAGUGAAACUGUUCAAAAAUAUAUAUACGUGAUGGUUUGCUGCAAGAGAUGGAGUAAAAUUAAAUGAUCAGAACCUGGUUGAGUGGCCUUGGUAGGUUCCGCUCUAGAUGCUUUUAUUAGUGUUAUUCUGGGUCGGUUGCAAUAUCUUUUAACCUCUUCAUGCAUGAAAUUAAAAAAAAUCUGUUAAACUGUAAUCACUCGCUGGUUGCUGUAACUUUCUAGCAGUUUCCAUUUCUACCUCCCGAAUGGAUUUUGGUUAGUGCCGGCUUCAGAUGUCUAAAGUUGAGUCUUGAGAAUUAACAUCUGCGUAAUCAUUCAGACAAUUUUGUACAACACACUACCUAAUGCCACAGCUUUCAGAUCCUAAGUGGUUUCUGUUGAAGAUGUGUCAGUGAGAAAUCCAGUUACUAUUGUCAACUGAAUGACUAUGCUGCCCCAGCCUUAUUUAAUGUCGUCUGCAGUGUGUUUGACAUGGUAACUUGUGGCAAGACGUAAUCUGCUGUGAACUAUACAUCUUUAACCAGUAGAUUAUUUUAACCUGCCUUGAAAUGAGCCAUUUAAAAAUAAAACAAAUUCAGGAAACAAUCAGGAUACCCAGAAAAGAAGAAAGGCUUCUGCCCUUGUCAAUAACUGGUUCUUUAACAACCCAUUAUUGACAGGUGUUUUAAUUAUAUUUGACAAAGUUAAUCUUGUUUGCCAACUUGUUAACAGCAAUCCAGUUGUAAGACAUUAAAUGGCUUAUGAUCAUGUCAUUAUGAAGCAUAUGUUUUAGUGCUGUAUUCAUCACCACUGUUGCUGAAUUUACAAUAAAGAAAAUACUUGAUCAUUGUACAA